AUGGGGGAUGAGGAGCGCAGCACCUUGCGGCCGGUGCGCACGGAAGGGUUGGCCACGUUGACGGGAGAGGCUUGGCCGCCGAUGGUACCACGCGAGGAGAUGGAAGGCCAUGACAUUCCCAUCCCCAAGGCAUCAGAGCUGGGCCCGGGACAACGCGUGUUGGGCUCUCCACGGCCGGAUCGACGAGCAGACAAGGUGGAAGUCUCCAGUGAUGAAGAGCCGGCGCCAAGUUUGACAAAGGCCAACGUCGCUCGCUUCAGUGCCGCUGCAGCGGCCGCCGCCGGGGUGGUGGAGCCGCCGGACGUGGAUCCAGACAUUGGCAGCGUCUCCCCCAUCUCCACGCCGGGCGUUUUCCCAUGGCAAGCUGAAAAGAAGACGACCAAGAAGAAGAGGGCAGAUUCACCACGGAGCACCCAGGCUCAUAAGAAGCGUAAAGGAGAUGCUGGGAAGUCGAAGGCGCCCAAGAAGUUGCUCCUGAGCGGGCCGGGAGGAAUGACCUGGGACCCCUACAUGCAACGUGAAGCGCCCGAGUGCCCUGUUGCUCCAUGCGAUGAGUCUGGUGCAGGCUCACCUCCACCCCAACCCCAGUCUGUGCUCUCCCAGCUGUGCUGGGCGCAGCUGCGCGGGCGCAGCAGCUGCGUGUGCGCAGUGCGAGAACGAAAUUCUCAAGUGAACGGAGCUUCCAACUACAAGCGGGCGGCUCCCAUUUUCCACCGUGAGGAUCAUCGUAUCCACCUCUUGAUCUUAGCCUUGGAUUACGCCAACAGCUCACAACGUUUGCCCAGCGUCAGCGAUGCCAAACACAUCGAGGAUUUGGCAAGACAAUGUGGAGUCCACGAGGUGGUAACCCUCUACAACCACCAAUGCACCAAAGAUGCGGUGCGGAAAGCCAUCAAGACCGCAGGGUCCAGGUGUGAUGUCAAUGACUAUUUCAUCCUGUACUACGAAGGCCAUGGCACCGUCCUACGAGACCCGGACUUUCAGGGUACGCAUGACGAAGCCUUCGUCUUGGUGGAUCCCAGCGGCAAGGCCUCACCAGCGACACUCUUGUUGGAGAAUGACUUCGCUUCCUUGAUCCUGGAGAACUUCAAGCCUGAGACCCGAAUCCUCCUGCUCACGGAUGCUGGUCAUGAAGUUCCAGUCAUCGAUUUGACAAGAGAGCGCUGGUGCGAGCAGCUGGGCUGCCUCAAGUCCAAGGUCAAGGAGGAAUUGGAUGAGGUGUAUCACAUGCGGGACCAGAUCAAGAAAAAGCUGCUCGGCCAGGCCAAGCGGCAAGAAGGCGAAACCAGCACCACAGCGGCACCAGCACCAGCAGUAAACGUGGAGGCCUACAGCGUCAAGUUGAAGGGCCUCCUGAGCUUCGUCGAUGUGGCGGCGCAGGCAAAGGCUGCUGUGAGACAAGACGAACGAAGAGAACUACGCAGGCAAGUCGCGACAGAGCGAGAAGAGGUUGUCACUUUAGAGAAGGAACUGGAGGAGCUGCAGAUUUGUUUGAAGUUGGGAGCUCAGUUGUGCGAUGAAGGCGAUUCACCACCCAAGACGGACGCCGUGCCCCUUCUUUCCGCGCCGGCGGUGAACUCCGGCGCAGAGCCGGACGCUCGUCCUGAAAAGGACGAAGUGUCUGAAGCGCCUGUGGCGAAGCCCAAGGCGCCGGCCCGCCGGGGCUCGCUGCCCAAGCCGCCCCCGCCAAAGGCCAAGGCAAAGAUGCGAGCGAAGGUCCGUGCUGUGAGCGAAGAGGAUGUCCGAGAUGCUGACGUCCAGGAGGAUUCACAGUCUCGACUGGUGAAUCUGCAUUGGCGUGCAUCUCAUGCGCCUCCAGAGGAAACAGAGAUCUUUGUGGAGAAGGAUGGGUAUUUGCAGAGCAUGUCCAGCAUGAUGGAAAGGUGGGACCUCGUUCGGGCCGACAGGAUGAGGCAAAGCAUCCAAAGCUUUGAAGAUCGGGCAGGCGCCGCAGAGGCUGAGCGCUACGACUCCACGGCCCCGGGCCGCCGCCGUCGGAAGACGGUGACCCGCACCAGCCCUGUGGCGCCUCCCACGGGCAUUGCUGCGCCCAGUGUCCAGCAGCCGGGUGCCCGCGGGGCAGCCACCGUGGCUGUGGGCGCAGCACUGGCAGCCGUGGUGGCAGCCAAGCGCACGGGGCGCUCGGCAAGGCACAUGCAGCCCGUGGAUCCGGCCAGCUAUCCCAACUACAAGCCAGGACCAUCUGGUGUGCCCAUGAUGCCUCAAGUGGUGGGCGACUGGGCAACCCCUGUACCAGGAAGUUACAAGGCCUGCUUGACCAUGGUGGGUCCUGAUGUGGAGACUGGCAGUGAAGUGGGCAAGCCUUGGGACCCCCUUGGCUUCAGCAAGCUCUAUGACCGCAAUUUUGACUUCAACGACAACAUGACAUACCCACAUGUGCAGUGGCUUCGGGAAUCCGAGCUCAAGCAUGGCAGAUGCGCAAUGCUAGCAAUUGUCGGAAUCUUUGCACAACAGUCAUUCCACAUUGAUGGAUACCCAGAGGCACCAUGGUACGAGGCCUUGCAGAAGUGCUAUGACAAUCCCCAGGGCAUUGUGGGCUUUGGCAUUGCCCAAAUCUCCGCCUUUGCCAUGGUGAUUGAGGGCAAGUUCUUCCCCAACGAUGCCUGGAUUGGCCAGAUGGACCGUGAACCUGGUGAUCUUGGUUUUGAUCCUUUGAAGCUUGCUAAGGAUGAGGCAACCAUGAAGAGCAUGCAGCUCAAGGAGUUGAAGAACGGCCGACUGGCCAUGAUGGCCUUCUUGUCCAUGUUCCUUGGCCACUUCAAUGCUGGCAGCGUGCCUGGAGUCUCCGCCUUGCCCCGGGAGUCGGGCAAGGCACAGGGCGCCGCCUUCUGUGGUGCUACCCCUGCCAGCUCUGAGGUGGGGAUGUCCAAGACGGCCGCUCGAUAUACGACUCAAACCAUUCUCCCUUCCUUGGCCUGGAUCAAGACCGGAGUGAGGGCCUCUGAACUGCAGCCCACUGAGUUGAAGGCAUUGACCUUGGCGGGGAAUGAUGUGUUGAUUGGCAAGACUGAGGCUGGUGCUCUCUUCUGUGUUGGCAACUUGUGCCCUCACAUUGGCACCCCGAUGAGUGAGGGUGCGGAUGUCAUUGGUGAUGUGAUUGUGUGCCCCUUGCAUGGCUCUUCCUUCAAGGUGACCACUGGGGAGCUUAUCGACUGGUGUGUUUCCCCACCCAUCAUCGGACCCUUGACCGGCUUAAUCGUUGACAAGAAGAACCUCUUGAUCUUCGAGUGCCGCCAGGGUGGCUUCUUGGGAUCAGGGGAAGUGGAGGUCUUAGUGGACACCAACGCGAAGAAGGCCUAUGAGGCAAACUACUGGAAGGGCUUGCUAGAUGCCCAGGGCAAGGAUGAUGGCACUUACUACUGA